AUGUCUCUGCCCAUAGUUGUUCAAACGGUAUCUCACAUGAAUAACCAGUACACGUAUAUACAUUACCUGCUGUGCAUUUUGGGUGAUGAGGGGACAAAGAGUACUGCCCAUACUAUUUCCUUGCUCUCCUUGCCUUCCACCUCUUCCACUGCCACCAACAUCGCAACAACAACAACAACAUCAACAACAACAACAACGACAACAACACCACCGCCGCCACCACCAUCAUCACCAUCACCAGCUCAAUAUUCUCUUGAGCAUAGUCCUCAUCUGCACUCUCCUUUCACGACGAUUAGCACCCCUUCUGUCUCCUCCAUCCCCGAGGUACAAUAUCCUCAGUCCCAUCAUUUUGUGACCAGCCAGCCCCUCUCAACAUCCUCCUAG